CUCUCGACCGUGUCCCGUCUUUUCCCCACCCUAGCUCACAAAGUCCCAUCCCGUCAUACAAUAACUCGAAACCCAACUCCCAUCCAAACUAGCACCAUAAAAACUACUUAUAUAGCUCACAAAGCUGCCACCGGCUCUCCCCUUCACUUCCUCCCACAACAUACUUCCCUCAUUUUGAUCACCCUAGAGAGAGAGAGAAACACACACACAACACUAAUCACAAAGAUGCAAACUUCCCCGCUGCUCUGCGUUUCCUUGACCGCCUUCCUGCUCUUCCUCGCCGCCGCCGGCGAUGGCGGCGCCCCUGACAACUUGGCGACGAAGUGCGCCAAGGACUUCCAGAGCGUGAUGACGUGCCUGGGUUUCGCGCAGGGGAAACAGAGCUCCCCUUCCAAAGAAUGCUGCGCCUCCACCAAGAACACCAAGGACAACGAGCCCGAGUGCCUCUGCUACAUCAUGCAGCUCACCCACAACGGCAGCGCCCAGUUCCGCAGCCUCGGGGUCCAGGAGAACAAGCUCAUCCAGCUCCCCACCGCCUGCCAGCUCCAGAACGCCAGCCUCGCCAACUGCCCUCGUCUGCUCGGCUUAGCGCCGAACUCGCCGGACGCUGCCAUUUUCACAAACGUCUCGUCGGCGACCGGGACACCGACCACAUCGACGCCGACCACGACGGCGACACCGCUGCCGGGGUCGGGGUCGGGGGGAUUCCGCGGCGGAGCGUUCUUCACCGCUGGUUCUUUGGGGGUAGCUGUGGUGUUCCUCUACGGUUUGGUGGUCGGGCCGGUUUGGGCUUAGUCCCUUCUGAAACAGAGGCACUCAAAUCAUCAUCAAUAUCAACUACGCGUUUAGUAGUUUCGGCUUUUUUUUUGUGUUCCAUCCAUGUUUGCUUCUCUGUCUUUUUGUGGAGUUGGUUUUAGACCAAAGUUUGGUGGUGAUGAUGAUGAUCUUGUUCAGUAUCUUGUUAUGUGCUGGAGUUAUUUGUUUUGCGGUUUUAGUCUAGCUCUCUGCUUUGCGGUUUGGAAUGAAGGUCUGAAUUCAUGUGUGUGGUGUGGGUGCAUUAAUUAGUACACAAUGGGACCAAUGGGUUCAUUGACUGAAUGGUUUUUUCGCUUGCUACUUCAUUUUGGUCUCAAUUUACCACCUAAUUUUUGAACUAGUAUGUCGACAACCCUGCACCUGUGUCUCCCUAACCUGAUUAGAUCUCAUGUAAGACACAUGAGAAUGCUUGAGAGGGGUUAUGGUGAUUACUACGAAGUUACUAAGGGUAAAUUGGGUAUGGAAAAGUAAAUUGCAUUAAUGAUUUUUUUAACAAAAUAUAUUUUACAAAAAUCUAUUAAUUACAGUUAUCUCUCUUUCUCUCACUUUCAUGAUCUCCAGCCAGAUCUCCUUUCU